AUGUCUGAGUUGAACCCACGUACCAAACAUCGAGAGUUCAACGGUGUCGCCGGCGCACUCGGAAUCACUGUGGGGCUUCCCUUAGUCUUGGAAUUGUUCCAGUUGGUGUGCAAUCCAGCUUACUCCACCAAGGGUCUCCAUAUCGACGUUGGGGCCAUCGUGGGCCAACUCCCAUCGAAUUUGUCCGAAACGUGUGAGUUGAUGUUUGAUCCUACCGUGUGGAAAGUUUACCUUGCGUGGUUCUUCGGGUUAGUGGCACUAGACCAGAUCUUGCCCGGCACGCAGCUCCAAGGCACCGAGUUGCGAGACGGCACCAAGCUAAACUACACCAUAAACGGGGUCCCAAUGAGCUUAUUGUUGGUCACGUUGCUCGUUGCCCGCUUAUUCCAAGUGCAAGACUACCAGUUGCCCGAGUUGCAAUUCAUCUACGACCACCAGUUGCAACUUGUAUUCACCACGAUCAUUUUCUCCUUCAUCUUGGCGAUAUUUGUCUACGCCAUCUCGUUUAUCCCCUUGCGCAACGCCAAUGGCCGCGGCACCAAGGAGAGAAUCUUGAGCGUGAAUGGCAACACCGGCAAUGCGUUCUACGACUGGUUCAUUGGCCGCGAGUUGAAUCCUCGCAUUGGGUCAUGGGACAUUAAGCUAUUUUGCGAGUUGAGACCGGGGAUGCUCUUGUGGUUUUUGGUCAAUUUGAGCUGCUUGCAUCAGCAGUACCACCAGCUCGGGUACGUUACUGACUCGUUGGUGUUGGUGAAUCUCCUCCAAGCGAUAUAUUUGUUUGAUGGCGUGUUGAACGAGGCGGGGUGCUUGUCGAUGAUUGAUGUCACCACCGACGGGUUCGGGUUCAUGUUGAGCUUUGGCGACUUGGCUUGGGUCCCCUGGAGCUACAGCUUGCAAGCGCGUUAUCUCGCCAUCCCUGGGAACGAGGUCAAUCUCGGAUGGUGGAGGUGUUGCGCGGUGUUGUUGUUGCAAGUUGUGGGCUUUUACAUCUUCCGUGCUGCCAAUCAGCAAAAGGCCGAUUUCAAGAACGGCAAAUUGAACAGGUUAAAGUCAAUCACGACGCCCACGGGCUCGAAGUUGUUGGCCGAUGGAUGGUGGGCCAAAUCUCAGCACAUCAACUACAUGGGCGAUUGGCUCAUUGGCUGGUCGUGGUGCUUGCCCACGGGGUUCCAGACACCCUUGACCUAUUUUUACGUUGUCUAUUUCGCGAGUUUGUUGAUUCACCGUCAAGUGAGAGACGAUAUGAAGUGCCGGGCUAAAUACGGUAAAGCAUGGGACGAGUAUACAAAGUUGGUUCCAUACAAGAUUAUACCUUACUUGUAUUAA